AUGGACACAAUUGUGUCAUCAUCAAAUCAUUCCCCAUUAUUUAGUAAAAAUACCUAUUUAAGAAUAAUAUCGAAUAUUCAAAGUGAAGAAAAAUGUCGAAACAUUCAUGUUACUGUUGAAUUUCAAACUGGUAGUUCACUUCAAACAGAAUUAGUUAUAAAAUUAACUGAUGAUGAUGAUCCAUUUUUUCUUUAUGAACUUCAUAUCAAUGCUGAAGAUUUUAAAAAUUUAAAACAAGAAGAAAAAAUAGUUGUUGAUUUUAAUACUUUUCCCGAACAUGUUAUUGGUUAUUUAAAAUUAUGUAUACGUGAUCAACAUAUCGAUAUAACUCCUGGAAAUGGUUCUCGUUAUCAAUUACAACUUGUUAGUGGUGAACCACAAUUAACAAAUGGACAAGUAUAUCUACGUGUUGUUGAAAUUAGUUCAUUCAAACAUCUUACACAUUUAUCUCUUAUGUUUACAUCGGCAAAUGAUUAUGAAAUUCGAAGUUAUCUUGCUCGAUGUUUACAAUUAAAAAAGACGGAUUAUAAUCAAUUGUAUAAUGAAUAUGAAAAAUUAAAACGAGAACUUGAAUCAACACAAUCGAAUUUAAAAGAAAAAAAUACAAAUUUUGAGAAACUUAAAAUGGAAUGGGAUUCAAAUAAUAGUAGUAUUAUUGGAAAACAUAUGCAAGAAUUAGCAGAAGAAAAAGAAAAAGCAUUACAAGAACGUACAAGUUUACAACAAAAAAUUGAGAAUGAUCGUCGUGAACUUGAACAAACACAUGCACGAAAUGUUCGUGAUAUGCAAGAACGUUUAUCUAAAUUAGAAGAAACAACAAAAGAAUUAACAAGUUUAAAAUAUCGAAAUGAAAUAACUAUCAGUGAACUUAGUUCAAAAUUAACAACAUUAACUGAUGAACAUCAACAAGCUAAAGAUGAAAUAAUAAAAUAUCGAAAAACAAAUACAACACUUGAGAAUGAUAUUCAUCAAUAUGAAAAAACAGUUAAUCAUUUAAGAACUAAAAUUGCACUUGUUGAACAAGAAGUGAAAGGUAAACAAGAAUUUAUUCAACAAACCAAUGAUCGACUUGCAAUGGAACAAGAUUCAAAAAAAAAAUAUGAAGAAACAGUUCAAUUAAAAAUGGAAAAAAUGUCCGAACUUAAACGAGAUUUAGCUAAAGCAAAUGAAAUAAUUAUUCGAUUUGGUGGUGAUUUAAAAAAAUGUCAAAGUGAUUUACAAAAAAAACAACAAGAAUUAAGCAAAAGUGAAGAAAAAAUGAAAACAAAAGAUCAAAUAGCAACAAAACAAGAACGUAUAUUACAAGAAAAAGAACGUGAAUUAGCAGCAAUACAAAAAGAAAAUACUGAUGUAUCGAAUAAAUUAGAGAAAACAAAUGAUUCAUAUAAAAAAUUAACUGAACAACAUAAUGAAGCAAAAGAAUUAUUAAAAAAAAAUGAAGCUCUUAUUAAUUAUCUUAAUCAUAAACUAACUGAAUAUCAAAAUAUUCCAUCACAACAACAACAAGCACGUUUAUUAAAUGGAAAUAUGACAUUAGAUACAUCUUCAACAGCAUCAACAAAUCAUUUUCGUCCAACAUCAUAUUUGUCAAAUUCACAUAGCAAUAGUGAACCACAUUCGAUGAGACAUGUUGCACAAUUUCCAAGUUUACAAACACAUUAUGAACCAAUGAAUAAAUCUCAAGGAACAACAUGGAAUAGUUCAACAACAAAUCAUCAAAUGCCUAUAUCAUCAACAUUGAAUACGUCAACAUCAGGCAGUGUAAGACAUCAUUCAGCAAGUAAUGGUGAUCUGAAAGAUAAUAAUGAGCAGAAUUCAAUGAAUCCACCAGUUAGUUCAAGAAUCGAUCCAAAAUAUUUUCAAUUUAGUUCAACAAUGCCAACAAGCACUCUUCCACUUCGAUCAUCAGUGUCAGCGGGUAAUGUUCAAAACUCUGCACGUACAAAUACAACAACAACUUCAUCAAAUUCGAAUAAAUUAUUAUCAGCUCAACAAAAUCGACCGACUCGCCAACAUUCCGUCAAUACAACCCCACUUGCUUCAGCUUAUUCUUCAGAAAAACAAAUGUAA